CUUGUUCUUGUUCGACUCUACUUUGCUCUAUCGCCGAGCUAUCUCCAUCCCGAUGAGAACUUCCAAGGUCCUGAAGUUAUAGCUGCAAAUUCGAGUCACACAAUUAUGAAAGCUCUUUCUUGAGCUCCUGUCAUUACCAAACCACCGAUAUUUGCUUCUACUAGGAUGCGCAGAUGCUAACAGAAGACUUUACAGGUCAAAUCUUCAGCUAUCCUGUCCGCCUAACCUGGGAAUUUACCUCCGAGAACCCUAUUCGAAGUGUCUUUCCAUUAUGGCCUGUCUACGGCCUUCCGAUGCUACUCCUGCGGUGGUUAUGGAUUGGGAAUGGAAACGAUGGGGAGAUACCACCGAUUGCUGUGUUCUGGACUCUGCGAGUGUUGAUGUUUGCUUUGAGCUUUGUGUUGGAAGACUGGGCUCUGCAUGAACUGGUGCAGUCACCGAGGCAUAGAAGAGUUGCAGUUAUGUUGGUCGCAUCAUCAUAUGUCACUUGGACAUACCAGACACAUACAUUUUCGAAUUCGAUAGAGACUCUGGCUGUGGCAUGGAGUCUUGUUUUGAUACACAGAAUCGUGGAGAAUAAGCAACGAUCUUCUGUUUUUGCUUCAGCUAUACUUGCUUUUGUAGUUGUUUUCGGUGUUUUUAACCGGAUUACUUUCCCGGCAUUUCUACUCAUUCCUGGACUUCGAUUGAUACCCCAUUUUUUCAAGAAACCUUCUGCUCUUAUUGCUGCGAUCAUAUCAGCCCUCCUCACUACCUUCGUCGCAAUCUAUCUAGAUACGCAGUUCUACACCGAACACUCUGUUACUUGGGCUUAUUUGUUUGCCCACCCGACGAUUACGCCUCUUAAUAACCUCACUUACAACCUCUCAACCAGCAAUCUUGCAACGCAUGGGCUCCAUCCGUGGUAUCAGCAUGUUCUCUUUAAUCUGCCACAACUCAUAGGCCCGACAGCCCUCUUACUCUUUCUUCGACCACAUGCUUCAUUGCGCUUGUACUCUGCGAUCUCAGGCGUUUUCGUUCUUUCGAUAUUUCAACACCAGGAGGCACGGUUCCUUCUUCCAACCGUUCCAUUAAUACUCUCCUCUGUACAACUACCCAAGAGCCAGACACACCUCAGAGUUUGGACAGGAGCUUGGAUUAUCUUCAAUGUCAUCUUUGGAGCGCUGAUGGGCGUUUAUCAUCAGGGAGGCAUUGUACCGACUCAGGUAUUUCUGAGCAAGCAACCAGAUGCAACGCAGGCGAUAUGGUGGAAAACAUAUAGUCCUCCUGUUUGGCUUCUGAAUGGAAAGAAUGAGGUUCUCCGGACCCACGAUAUCAUGGGCAUGAAGGGAUCUCUAAUGAUCCGAGAAGUUGGAGCGCUUGCGACUUGCCACAAGCCUUCUGAAAAUGCAACAGCAUUUCUAGAUGAGCAAGAAGGCACAUAUCUAAUUGCGCCCUUGUCCGCAACAUUUCUGGACAAUUACACAUCAAACCUCGAAACAGGACUACACUUCCAAGAAGUCUGGCGAUACAGACAGCACCUUAAUUUAGACGAUCUUGAUUUCGGCGACGACGGAUUCUGGCCUACGAUCAAAAGAGUAAUUGGGAGGAGGGGUCUCGGCGCAUGGAGGGUCACAAAGGAUUGUGCUGCAGCUUCAUAGGCAGGAUAUACAAUACAUUUGGUUAUUUCCCUCGGUUCUACGUCCUGGAUAGGAUAGGUCAAAAGAAAAACUCAAUUCCAAAUACCUGUCGCGCUAGCUUUACCCCAGGAUUGGCUGUGCCGUCACUUAAGGUUCGUCUCAAAAAUUAAGUCUCCACACCUCACAUACAACGGCGUGGUUUAGUGGCCGUGACGUCGAUGAACCCUCCCUUCAGCAUAUCAACUUCUUCA